GCCUGCGUACUAGGGUAGAGGAAGAAGGAAUCUGAUGCAACCGGCAGUCAGUGUGUGAAAGCGAGCGAGAGACAUGGAAGAAAUCAAUGAUAGCGCCGCCAGGCUCAAACUCGAGGAAAUGUACGUUUCUGACCGCGAGGGAAAUGAUUCCACUGGUGAUGGAACCAAAGAAAAACCAUUUAAGACUAUUCUUAAGGCCAUGUUAGCGGCUGGGAAAGAGCCAUUCCCCACCUUCUAUGUGGAUUCUCAGAAAGAGAAUGAGAGAUGGGAUGUUAUUUCCAAGUCUCAGAUGAAGAACAACCGCAAGCUCUGGGUGCGAGAGCAAAUGAAAAACGAGGCCAAAGAAAAGAAAGAGGCAGAAGAUAACUUAAGGCGCGAAAAAAACUUGGAGGAAGCAAAGAAAAUCGUUAUCACUAACGACCCGAGUCUUCCUGCCCCAGUGACACUAAAGAUUCGACAAUUAGAGGCUUAUCGGGGACAGCGAGUGAAGGUGUUCGGCUGGGUUCAUAGGUUGCGCAGACAAGGAAAAACCUUAAUGUUCAUCGUACUAAGAGAUGGCACUGGGUAUCUUCAGUGUGUCCUAAGCGACCAAUUGUGCCAGUGUUACAAUGGACUGGUCCUAUCCACAGAGAGCACCGUAGCUGUAUAUGGCACGCUGAACUUGGUACCAGAUGGAAAACAGGCCCCAGGAGGCCAUGAACUGGCUUGUGAUUACUGGGAGAUUGUUGGCUUAGCUCCUGCUGGUGGUGCUGAUAACCUCCUCAAUGAAGAGUCCGACGUGGACGUCCAGCUGAACAAUCGCCACAUGAUGAUCAGAGGAGAAAACAUGUCUAAGAUCUUCAAGGUUCGCUCCACGGUCAUCCAUUGCUUCAGGAACCAUUUCUUUGACCGUGGCUAUUAUGAGAUAACGCCACCAACGUUGGUCCAGACUCAGGUGGAGGGGGGUUCCACACUGUUUAAGCUGGAUUACUUCGGGGAGGAGGCCUAUUUAACACAGUCCUCUCAGCUUUAUCUUGAGACCUGCAUACCAGCAAUGGGGGACACGUUUUGUAUUGCGCAGUCCUAUCGAGCUGAACAGUCCAGGACGCGCCGACAUUUGGCAGAGUACACCCACAUAGAAGCAGAAUGCCCCUUUAUGACAUUUGAAGACUUGCUUAACCGACUGGAGGAUUUGGUGUGUGACGUCGUAGACAGAGUGUUAAAGUCCCCUGUGGCCAGCCUGCUGUAUGACCUGCACCCGGAAUUUAAGCCUCCCAAACGGCCUUUCAGAAGAAUGAACUACACCGAGGCCAUCACUUGGCUCAAAGAACACGAUGUUAAAAAGGACGAUGGCACUUACUAUGAGUUUGGAGAGGAUAUCCCCGAGGCCCCAGAGAGACUGAUGACAGACAGCAUCAACGAGCCAAUCUUGCUGUGCCGCUUUCCUGCUGAGAUCAAGUCCUUUUAUAUGCAGCGCUGUGCCGAGGAUAAGCGCCUGACCGAAUCUGUGGAUGUGCUGAUGCCCAAUGUGGGUGAGAUUGUCGGCGGCUCCAUGCGUAUCUGGGAUAGCGAGGAGCUGUUGGAGGGCUACAAGAGAGAAGGAAUUGACGCAACGCCAUAUUACUGGUACACUGACCAGCGCAAAUACGGCACGUGUCCGCACGGAGGGUAUGGCCUGGGCUUGGAGAGGUUCCUCACCUGGAUUCUUAACAGACACCACAUCAGAGACGUGUGCUUGUACCCCCGAUUCGUCCAGCGCUGCAAGCCUUAACCACUUAACUGAGCUCCUCCGUCACUCACACUGGCUGCAAACAUCCGCCGGGGGCCAGUGCCCUGUCUUCUUAUAACGUAACGAUUACAUUGUGGAACAUAAUGACCUAUCCAUUUAGGGGAAAAUGGCUGCUUUUAUCUCACCAUCAGUAAUUUCACUGUGAAUUCCUUGAAUUAAGUUCAAUCUGCCUUUAGCUGGUAGUUUAGGAGCCUCCAAAGCAUCCUGCAACCUGCUAUAUAUAAAUCCUUUUCCUGAGCCUUGUGUCCAUCAGUGCUUAAGGUGUAAAUAGGAUCCAGGUCAUGUAUCAAAUGAACUUGGCACUUGGAACCAAGACCGCUCUUUAUAUGUUAAUCAGAUAUUCAUAUUAUAGGACACAUAGACAUAUAUAUGUAUAAUUUACCCUGUUCUGGUGCUCCUCUUGGGAGAAAACCACACCAGCUCAGGGUAGCACCAGCCUGGGGUAAAAAGAAAGCGAUUACACUCAGCGGGAGGUGCCUAACAUUUGUCACCCCCCAGUAAUUUUUACCUUUUACUUCUCCCUUAAGAGAUGUGCCCAUGUACAAACAUGUCUGUGUCCAUUAAUUUGAAUAUAGAACCCAGGUCAGUCUGACUAGUCUGCACUUUGCUGUGCAGUGCUGAGACUCCUACCAGACCCUGGGCAGAAUGAAAUAUGGAUCUAAGCAGUUCUUCUGAGGGAUUAUAGGUGCAAACGACUCAAUAGAUUAAAAUAAAAUGGUGGUGUAUAUAGGCCUUAAUCACAUCCAGACUAUAACUGAAUUUUGUCCCCAGGAUAAUUCAAUGUAACAUUGCCCUCUCCAUGCCAUUAUAUUGUCAUCCACACAUGCUGCAUAUGUACAUUCAGUAAUAAGAUUUUGGUUCAUGAUCUUGUUUCAUUAAAUGUUCUAAUGGUACCAAAGCAACUGCCGCUAUGACCUAUAAAGGGGAAGUCCACGUUUUCAUUAACUUUUGGUAUGUGAAAAAUAAGUGUGUUCUAUGCAACUUUUCAAUUGGUCUUCAUUUUUUAAAUUUAUAUGGCGAUUGUAUAGUUAGCCUCCUAUUCUGGCUCUUUCAAGUGUUCAGCUGAAAAGUGUCACCAGGGUCACUGAUGCCAGCAGCCAAACAGUCUGUCAUUAGGAGCUCUAACCACACCCUGGUUGCUAGGGUAAUUAUACCUUAGCAAACAGAUAACUGUUUAAAUUCCAACCUUAAGAGCUGCAGAAUAAAAUUUUAAAUAAUUAUUAAAACAGAAAACGUAGAUAAUUUGUAGACCGGUUGCAAUAUAGAAUCCUUCCAUCUGCACCCAACUAAAAGUACAUUUUAAGGCAAAUAACCCCUUUCAGUGACCCCUGAAGGCUUUGGAGGGCUUUGCCCCUUUCUGGGGAUGGGACAGUAGGAAUAAAGCAGAAUCCAGGUGUAUAUGGGCUUGUAUGAGCUCCAAUUCAUUAUUUCUAAAGCUCUAUGGGUAUCUCAGACAAUGUCAGUUGCCCCCCCAAGGGCAUCCUGAAAGUUGUAGUUCAGCAACAUCUGGGAACCCAAGGUUAAGAAACUGGACUGUAGAGAAUCUAUUGCCUUUUUACUGGCCCUCAACCUUUCCAUCAUGGCAACCAGCCCCAUAGCAUAGAUUCUGCUUUGUAUUUAUUUUAUUAUCAUGAAGCAAGGUGGCCCUGUAUCGUGCUGCUAGGGACCUUUCCUAUGUCUUACAUAUGCCUAUACUCUCACAUUCUCACACUGAGGAACCAUCCAGCUGGGACCCAAUUCAACCUGACGCUGUAAAACCUGGGAAAAUAAGAAUAUCUGUCAGCAAUCCAGGAUGUUGCAUGAUGGGAAUCUUCAGGUGGGACCUGUAGUCAUACAAUAAAGAGAAUCUGUUUAACUGGAAA